AUGUGUAAUGCUGAAAAUUUGCCAGAUAAAUUGAAGAUUAAGAAAACCACAUAUAAUAAUGUUUUUGUAACUGAAUUUAACUUAUCGCUUGGCUACCCAAGAAGUGAUACUUGUGCCACUUGCGAUGCAGGAGAGUCUACAGAAGAACAUAAAGAAAAUCAUCACAAUGCAGUUGAAGCUAUGCGACAUGAUAGAGAAAAUGGCAAGCAAUGUAACGAUGUAAUCUUUAUUACGAUAGAUUUACAACAAACAAUGCCUCUGCCUAAAAUCCCUACGUCAAAGGCUUUUUAUUUACGCCAAAUAUGGUUUUACAAUUUUGGGAUUCAUGUAGUCACCAAAUCCAAAGAAAACGCAUUUUUUGUACGUGGACAAAAGAUGAUGCUGAUCGUGGAAGUUGCGAGAUUGCCAGUUCUCUGUUACGAUUUGUCGAGA